GUAAUUGUGUCAUAUGGUGCUGGCACCUACAUAUUCAAAGUAAGAGACGGGGGAAAGUGAUUUGAGCGACAUAUUUAUUUAAUUUAAUUUUGUGAUAAAAGACGUCUGAGCACUAACUUCAGGGUUUUAUGAGUAAUUCCUACCAAUAAAUUGUCACCGCUCCUAUUUGUGUUCGGAAUAUAAAACUCUUACUUAGACUUCUUCCUUAUUUUAGUAUGGGUUGUUGUCAUUAAAUGUAACAUUGGAUUAGCGGUUAAAUUUCCAGUCUCUUAAGCAUGUGAUCAUGGAUUCAAGCAUUGGUGGCUGUAGUUUUUUUCUGUUUGAAGUGGACAAUGCCAAAUUGUCAUGUGUGUAUGAUGUGUUGCCAAGUCAUUCGCAGAGUAGGGGUUCUAUGUUGCAAAUUUUGUAAAGGAUGGCAUCUUUUAAUGUAAUGUUCUGUGUGUGUCUUUAAAUUAUCGAAGUUUCUUUUUUAAGUUAUCCUAAAAAAUUUAAACCCUCCCAUUUCAAGAAACACUCUAUCAGAACACUUUCUCUUACUUUCUUCUCUCUCUAUCCACCACCAAAUUUAGUUAUUGAUUUUUUAUAUCUAUCCUUGAUAUUUGUCCAACGCCUAAAUUUUAUAAGUUUUUGGCAGAGAGAGCAGUAUAGAUUUCCCAAAUUUCAGAUUAGUAGAUCCAUUUUUCAAAUCAUUAUUGCAUUGUCUUUGAAUAUUUUACUUAUACCCCCUUCUAAGUUUCUCUUCUUUGACUUUGCUCGUCAUUAUGCCUGGUGAAUAAAGUCAAUUAUUACAAGAUACUCUCAUCCUUUUCAUGCUGUCUGUCUUCUCUGGUCAUUCAAACAAUUUAUCUAGCAUCAGCGCCAUAAUCUAAUUUCGCUCAGUUCUGAAUUCCUACAUAAUGCCUAAAACGUAUUAUUGGUGAUGUUGAGGACUAACUAGAAAUUGGUCCUCAUUCAUCAAGGUUUAUCAUGGCAGACAUUGUGGUGCUUGUUGAGUGGUGAAACGCACUAUACAGCUUGUUACCACAGUACGCAUCUACUUUUCCACGAUUAGAUCUUUAAUGUGGACAGUUACGAACUCCAUAGGAAGACAAAGGAGAGAGAGGAAGAGGAGAAAGAAGGAUAGAGAGGUAGAGGAAAAGGAGGGAUGGAAUGAUAGAGUAGCCCAAGGGAGGAGGGAGUUACUGGGAGGGAAGACGAGAGUUCCUGUUUCCGAAUUUAGGGCUUUAGCUUUCUGAUUUGUUAUUUGGCUAAGGCGGUGGUGUAACGGAUGUGAUUAUGGCACACCGACACAUAUACAAUACAUCGUCGCAGAUAUUUGAGGCUGAGGCCGACCAACACUGGAAUCUUGUGCAUAGCGAAGAUCCUUACAUGCACUUUGCAAGAACUAGUUCUGCAGAAAAUGCCCCAAAUUUUCAUCCUGUGGAGAACGGACCAGUAGAUCGAGUUCAUUAUGGUUCUCCAUGGAAUGCUGCUACAAGAUUAGGUGGAUACUCUUCGUCAAGCCAGAUGGUGAAUGCACCCCAUUAUCAACCUGAUUCUUCUGAUCCUUCUCGUGAUUCUAUGCAUCCAUCUGCUGCUGGAAAUGUUUUUAUGGCCCCAGACAAUCAUGUUCACCAUGCAUCUUCCUCGAAUUACGCAGUUGAAAACAACUUUUUUGAUCUUUCAAUGGGCAAUGGAAGGGGUCCAUACAAAAGGAAAAGCCCUGGGAUCCCUGCUAUUUCUGAAAGGGGCAGCACAAGUAGGUACUAUUGUGCUGGAAGUUCAUCAGAUGUAUCUUCGUCAUCAGAAUUGCGACAGGAAAAAUCAACUGUGGAUGCUCAACAUAAUCAUUGGGAAUCACUGUCUGUUCCUUCUAGUUACAGAACCAAUCAACUUUCAAUUGGAGGUGAAACUUCUUUGAGGAACGUGAGAAGCCGAUCCACAUUAGAACUGGAGUCAGAUGUUUUUAGGACCCAUCUCCCAGCUAAUUAUCCUCACCAUCCUAGUUCGAGUAGGUUUCCAAUUGAUCAUCCUGGUACAGUUGAUCCUAGUCAAAACCCAAGUGUUCCUUUGCCGGAAUGGACUCCUAUUCAUGUAUCUGGUGCUCCUCAUGGAAGGACUAUAGUCUCAAGUAACUUGGGUCAUGAGAGUAAUCACUUCUUUGCUGGAAGCAGCAUUGCGAAUACUUCUGGGGAAAUGGCUGGCUAUCAUCAUGAGCACAUUGCCAGCAGAAAUUCUCUUUCCCAAAGUUUGCAUCCUACUCCAUCUCAUACAAGGGGAGUUCGUAGUUAUUCUCACAGAUCCACUCCUAAUAGGACUGUUUCAAUGGGCAAUAUACGUAUGAGCCAUGUGGCUCCUUCUGAUGAAAGUCUUCAGUUGCUGGGAGAGACUCAUUCGACAAGACAUCCAAGAUCGUUUGGCCCUGUAGGAUGGCGCAAUGGGGACAGGAAUGGUAGAUCUAGGUUGUCUUCUGAGAGAUACCGUUUGCUUUCUGAGGAUGCUGGCAUCCACGAUCACCUUACACCUGAGGGUCUGAUGGUUGUUGACCGUUCUUCCCUGUAUGGUUCAAGAAAUUUUAUGGAUCAACAUCGUGACAUGAGACUAGACGUAGACAGCAUGAGCUAUGAGGAAUUACUUGCUCUUGGAGAGAGGAUUGGAAGUGUCAACACUGGGUUGCGUGAUGAUCAAUUGCACAAGUGUUUGACAGAGACCGUGUACUGUUCAUCAGAUCAGGUGCAGGAAGAAGGAAGAUGUGUAAUAUGCCUGGAGGAGUACAAGCACAUGGACGAUGUUGGAAACCUUAAAUCUUGCGGCCAUGAUUAUCAUGUCAGUUGUAUCAAGAAAUGGCUAUCUAUGAAGAACGCAUGUCCGAUCUGCAAGGGCCCAGCUUUACCUGAAAAUACAAAGGAUAAAUAAGUUGCAUGGAUGCGUUUGGCGUUACUCCAUUCUUUGUAAAUAUGUUACACAUGUAACAGUGGUAACUUUCCUCAAAUGAAGGAAUUUCAUGUAGGAGUUAUUAAGCUUUAUGCUUAGUGGAUUGAUCAAGGACAGCAGAAAGUUGGUUUAUUCAAGUGUUUUUGUGUUCA